AUGUGCGUGUCCCCGAGUGUGUGCGUGUGUCCCCGAGUGUGCGUGUGUUCCCGAGUGUGCGUGUAUCCCGAGUGUGCGUGUGUCCCCGAGUGUGCGUGUGUUCCCGAGUGUGCGCGUAUCCUGAAUGUGCGUGUCCCCGAGUGUGUGCGUGUGUCCCCGAGUGUGCGUGUGUUCCCGAGUGUGCGUGUAUCCCGAGUGUGCGUGUGUCCCCGAGUGUGCGUGUGUUCCCGAGUGUGCGCGUAUCCUGAAUGUGCGUGUCCCCGAGUGUGUGCGUGUGUCCCCGAGUGUGCGUGUGUUCCCGAGUGUGCGUGUAUCCCGAGUGUGCGUGUGUCCCCGAGUGUGCGUGUGUUCCCGAGUGUGCGCGUAUCCUGA